UUAGGCUUCACCAUUAUAAUGCAUCCAUUCGUGCGCACUGGUCCGCUACGCGACGAUGCGGUCAAGGGGGAGGGGAAGGGUGAACAUGCUUUCUAAGGGGGGAAGCCCGCUGGGGUCCAAGUGGUGGCCUUGGCGGUCAAGGCGCGGAUUUGGUCGUCCCAGCGCGAGUUUUAUUCAUAGGAGAUUCAGGCUGACAGGAGUGUUGCUGGUGACGGCGCUUGCGGUUGUAGCAGGGCUAGGGACGCUGGGUCUGCUGCUGCUACACCCUGGAUUGACUGAAAUGGAAGGGGAAGCAGCAGGAGCAUCUACGAGUUUACCUCUUCUGCUGCCAUGGUGUGCAGUGCAGCUGCCAUGGCUGCCAUGCUGUGGGCAUAAUGGCACGGACUGGAAUCAGGCUGGUGCUGACAUGGACAUGGUGUAUGUAUCACGACGUCCCAUCACGCAUGCUGUUUUGCAGGAUGAGCAGCAUCAAUCUGACCCAAGCACGCCCCUGCACCCGUCUGGUGCCCCUCACGCUGCCCCUCCUGCCACUGCUGCCACUGCAUCCGAUUCCUCUCCCACCAUUGCCGAGCAAGAUGCGUUUCUGGUAGCAGCAUGGGCUGACACGCACCCGAUUUCGCUCCCUUCCCCUGCCGCACCUGCUGCAUCCGCUGCUGCUAGUGUCGGUGGGAUGUGGGGAGCGGCGGUGAGAGUGUGGAGCAGGAGGGGCUUGCCUGGAAGCUGGCUGAAACGGACUGGUAGGGGAAGAGGGGCGAAUGCUGCUGCUGCAGGUAGCAGUAAACUUAGCAGCAGCAGCAGCACCACCACCACCACCAACAUUAGUAGCACUGGCAGCACGAGCAGCGCUACAGAAAGCACAGGGAGAAGUUGCAGUGCACGCUCGUUGCAGAGCUUGGCCCCUCGUGUGGUGCUGCUGGUGGCAGGCAACAGCGCCUUUGUGGGGGGGUUGGGAGAUUGGCAAGCUCUGCUGUGCGUGCAGCUGAAACACAUGUGCUCUGCAUAUGGCAGUACCGGGUCCAAUCGAUCAGGAUCAGACGCAACAACGUUCAGGGGAGACUGUGCCAGGGCUUUUGGGCUAGGCCUUGCAGAGGCGGAGGUUACUGGCGGACCGGACGGUGGGGAGGAGGAGAGUGGGGUGGGCGGGGAAGGGGAGUGGGUGUGUUGGCGGAGUGGGCAGUGCUGCAGUCUAACAGAUGAGGAUGACAAGCAUGGGAGGAGACACCAGCAAGUGCAGAUGCAUUGCCCUCUGCCUGGUCCAGUCGUUUCACUUCACAAUCCAGCCUCUGGCCAUGCCAAUCGUGCGGAUGCAUCAACUACCAGCGACAUGAACUUCCCCAGCAGCAGCAGCAGCAACAGCAGAAGCAUCAAUAGCAGCAUUGUAGCGGUUACUCUCAUCCAUCGCCAUACCACUGAUUCACACAUCGCCACAGCCGCUGCUGCCUCUGCCUCUUGCGGUGCCAGUAGCACAAGCAAAGGCAUUAGGUACAGUCCAGUGAAGAGUAUGCCGUUUGUGAGGCUCAACUGGAUCGCCAGACAUGAAGGGGAGGCAGAUGUUGGUGGGGUAAAGGACACAGUUUCAACAGUGGAAGAGAAAGGGGUGGAUGAGGUUGAGUCUGACAGGGGGGGGAAGGAGCAAGGUGGUGAGAGUGGUGAGGCUCUUCAACUCAGUGUGUGCACGGGCCCUCUCUUCUUUGACAUAUCGUCCCUGUGGCUGGAGUGGCUGCACUUUGUUCGGCUCAUGGGCGCGCAGCACAUCACAGCAUACGUUAUAGACAACGAUAGCUACUCCCUCUCACCCCUGUCCCGUGCCCUCCUCCGCUUCUCCGGCCUGCACUGGCCCUCUUUCAUCUCCCUCGUGCUCUGGGACCUCCCCUUCACAGAGGUGAACGGAGCACCCAAUCAGCGGCCUUCUGGCCUGGACAUGCACUACAGGGCUCAGCGUCUCUUCCUCCUAGACUGCUACUUCCGCUCCCACUCUCACUUCCACGCCGUCCUCUUCCUCGAUUUAGACGAGUUCCUCGCUCCGCCCUCCUUCUCCCCGCUGCUGCUCAAGAACAUGCCUGCAGUAGGUAGAAUGGCUGGUAUGCAUCCUAACUGCACUCCUAUGGAUGGUGCUAUUGAAGGGGGCAGCAGCAGCAGCAGCAGCAUCUGGAAUUCAGCUCUUUCUCCUCUACUCCAGAAUCCAACUAAUGGCAUGCUUCUCUUCCGCAGCUGGUGGUACCCUCACAUGCCCUCGCCUCCAUCGUCCCUUGAUGGUGUUCCUACAGUGGAAAUCCCAGCUCAGCCGCCCCCGCUGCUGACAGCAAGCAGCACGCAUCGCGACCAGCGCAUGUUUCAGAACCGUCAGCGAGCAAAGUACGCCAUUCCGCUAGGGGGAGCCAUUGCAUUCAGCAUUCACCGCCCUGUGCUCCUAUCACCAGGAAGGAUGCUUGUGGAUGUUCCGAUGGACAAGGCAUUCGUUCGCCACAUCACGUCCCCGUCUACAUCAUUUGCAGCCUAUCAGACACCCUCGAAUGCUUCGCACACCGACUUUUCUCUCCCUCUUGAGAAAGACAUGUCCAUGCUUGAUUUAGCACCGAUUCUCAGCUGUCGCAUAAACCAAACAUGGCAUCUCUUUCAAAAAUGGGGUAAAAGCACUCGAAUAGAGGAGCUUCUUUCUUUGUAGUAAAUGUUAUGUCAAAUACACUAUGUCAGUCUGA